AGCAGACAGACACUAAACUGGAGACGAGAAGAGCAACUCAGCAAAGAAAACUGUUGAACUCAGAAAUUCACUGCAACUGAAGAAGAAAAAGAAGAAGACUGCAGCUGGCUUACUGGUCUACCUUCUGAUACAACAGCCACACUGCAACUACAGUCUACAGAGUCAAGAUCAUCAUGAAUACUGCAAUGACUGUUAUUGUUCUUCUGGUCUGCUCAGACGUCAUCUACAUGAUACAAGGGAGAGGUAUACAAUAUCCUCGAUGCCGCUGUCCUAAAGUACACGCAGGGGGGGUGAAUAUCAGGUUAAUCAGGAAACUGACCUAUUACCGUCCUCGCUCACACUGCUCUAAGGAAGAAGUCAUUGUCACACUGAAAACCAGGGGUUCGCUCUGUCUCGACCCAAAUGGGAAUUUUGCCAAAACACUGAUUGAAAGACAAAUCAAAGUAAAUCAACAGCGUCAUAAUCAACGUUCCAUUGAGACUCUCUCCCCCCAUACCACCCCUAGCACUUGAUCACUCUUUGUCUGGCACUGGAAGCUGUGCCAACCUGCAACCCCUCUGCUGGCUUGCCUCUGAGGUGGGGUUGGCCCCAGUCAAGUCUUGGAUGGUAGACAACAACCAGAACAAGUGGUGUUGGAGUGCCAGUAGGGGGCACUGUUCCCUCUGGUCCAAAGAGACUUCAAUCAAUGAGUCAGGACAGUGAUAGGGACACUGCCCUACAAAGGGUAUUAUUUAUUUGUAUAUAUUUCUAUGUUUUAUGUAUACAGUAUAGACAUUAAGGAAGAACAUAAUAGUAUUGUUGAUAUAAAACCUGUCUUUGAUAUAUUUAUUGUCAUGUAUUUAAUUUUUUCAAAUAAAACAAACAAUAAUAA